GUAUAUUAUUUACGACUGAUAUUGAGUUAUCAUAGUUUUUUGCCAUGCCGGCAUAUAAUAUAUAAGCGCCUCAUUAAAUUUUUUAAGAUCUGUGACAGUGUGUAGUGGUGGUGUCCUUGCGUUGUCGGUCUAGUUCAAAUUCAUUUAAUUCAAGAUGCCGGUCCGUUGGGGAAUUGUAACUGCAGCGAAAAUUUGCCAUGACUUCGUCAACGCAUUCAACUCUUAUCCUGCAAAGAAGGAUGCAGUUAUUGCUGCCGUAGCAGCACGUGAUAAGAGCAAGGCCACAGAAUUCGCUAAGCUCCACAAUAUACCAAAAGUAUUUGGUUCCUACAAGGAGAUGGCUGAAAGCAAAGACAUCGAUGUUGCAUACAUCGGUUCCCUCAAUCCUCAACAUUACGAGCUUACCAAACUUUUCCUUGAAAAUGGCAAACACGUUCUGUGUGAGAAACCAUUGUGCAUGAACUCCAAACAAGUGCAAAGCCUUGUCAACCUGGCAAGAAAGAAGAAGUUGUUCUUGAUGGAGGCCAUUUGGUCGCGUUUCGCACCUGCUUACAUCGCGUUAGAAAAGGAAAUUCAAGCUGGCAAGCUUGGAGAACUACAAUACGUCGAGGUUAACUAUGGCCUUCCUAUCUCCGAAAUUGCCAGGCUUAGCAAGAAAGAGCUCGGCGGAAGUGCAAUCAUGGAUCUUGGCAUAUAUGCCCUACAGUUUGCCCAAUACAUCUUCAAGGACGAACCGCUCAAAUGCACGGCCGUUGGCAACUUGAAUGACGAUGGUGUUGAUGAAGUUGAUACCGUUAUUCUGGAAUACUCUGGUGGCAGACGAGCUGUUCUAAACAUUCACGCUAAGGCCCGUCUUUGGAACAAGGCCACAGUGUACGGUACCGCUGGCAGAGCAUCGAUCGAGGAACCCUUCCACUUUCCAGAAUCUAUGGUUCACGUUGAUGGCACGGUUGAGAAAUUCCCCUUACAUUCCUCUAAGAUUUACUAUAACUUUGACAACAGCGCUGGUUUAGUUUACGAAGCUCUUGAAGUUACCAGAUGCAUCCAACAAGGUUUAUUAGAAUCGCCACGAGUGCCACUCAGAGACAGUAUCAUAAUUUCCAAACUGGAAGACUCCGUCCGAAGACAAGUUGGAGUCGUUUACGAUGCCGACGGUCAAGAAUUUCCAUAAACUACAUGGGCAAUUAAUAAAUCACAUGGCCUAACUAUACUGUCUAUUUACCUAUGAUUAAUAAAAUUAUUGAAAGAAUUGAAAAUUGGUUUGAUUGUCCAUAAAAUAAUACAUCCUACAUAGAUAAAGGACCUAUAGAUAGAAACAUCUAAUGGCAAUGAUUGUUAGAUUGAAAUUAUUGUUCUAUAAGUAAGAAUCAAAAAUAAAAGAUUUUUCGAUAUCCUUAUAGUCGUGGCCGCUUUUUUUUUGUUUGUCAAAAUCUCAGUUGUGGCAACAUUGAU